AUGGCAUCAGAGUAUCGCGCAUUAGCUAGCUCGCUGAGAUCUUGGACGCGUAGAAUAUUCCGCCCGCAACAUCCGGUACUCAAACCAAUCAAGGAUUCCAUUUGGUGCUGUCUUGCCCAUCUCGAUGACUACUUCUACACCCUGUAUACGUACAACCAUCUUGUUUGCCAUGUUUGGGUCUGCUGCUGUGGCGACUGGGCGGCAAGUGAGGUAUAG